GGGUGCUUCCAAAUUCACACGAGCUUCAUGCCCCACGGUCCAGGCGCAACAAAGAGCGGCGACGAUCGAUCCGUCGUCGUCAACACCACCUCUUCAAUACCGCCGUCAACGGGACCCAAUUGACCGCUAGCCUGUACAUUUCGCUCUCAUCUUCUCUCAAUUCUCAUUCACAAACUUACCCUCGCGCUCGGUGUUGUGGUUUGGUCACUAUGCCCAACGCUAGCACCCAGCCUUUCAGACAGCCCCAGCCCCGUGCCAACCGGGAGCGCAAGAUCAAGUGCACUGGCGAGCGUCCCACCUGCGCCAAUUGCGUGAAGAGGUCGUUUCACUGCCACUACGACGCUGUCGUGAAGCGACGCGGGCCAGAUAAAGAGCCUGGAGGUCGCCUGAAGCCCCGCGGCGGUUUCGUAAGCCAAGCUCCACGGUCCAUGGGGCUUAACCUAAGAGUACAUCAAGCUCGCUCGGAAACGACAACUAUGUUGAGAAGAGUAUCACGGGUCGCAUCGGUCGUGCCUCCUUCACUUCUCCGUGUCCCAGGCGAUCUUGAUCAGGAGCGGUUAUCGUGGUGGGAGGCACUCUAUGCCAACAUGCCCCGCGACCGUGUUGUGCAGCUCUGCGACAAUUUCCUUAAAGACUGUGACAUCUGGUUCAACUUCUUCCAUCGUGGUCUUUUCUUCAAGUCGUUCUUCGCGCAAGACAUGGGCGCUCAUAUCGUAUAUGGUGUCAUGGCACAUAUGAUGCUGUUACGAGAAGGUCAUACCGAGGACGGCCGCAAGCGAGCACUUUCUUUCGCCACCGAGGCGCACAGGAUGGUGACAUACAGCUUGACAGCUGGCUACUACGAGCCAAGCCUCGCGCAGACUGCCCUACUCCUCGUAGCUUUCGAGUUCCAGCCACAUGCGUGGCAGAACCCGUCACGCGUGGUUAGCGCCUUGGGGUUCAUGGAGGGUUGUGCCAAGACAUGUCUGCCCUACUGGUCCGCCCCGGCGACUGCGCAUCUCACCCCCACGGCAGCUGCCAUAUGUGCCAUCCGCCGUGAGGAGAUGCGCCAAAUGUGCUGGACGCUCUCGCACCUCGCCGCCAACUCCACGAUUUGGCGACACCUUGCUCGUCAGCCUCCCCUCUGCUUGGCGUCGGCCGAUCCAGCCAAAUUCGCGGAGCUCUUUCCGCCCAACCUAUUUGACGCUGAUCGCAAGGCGCCAAAACUUUACGGAUGGUCGCUCUACUGCGCAGCCAUUCGUCUCUGGCAUACAGCACUCAAUCAUGUUCCAGGAGUACACCCCAGCAUGUUCGUUUGCGAGCAGGCCAAGGAGCUGCUACCAGUGCUAGAUUCAGCGCCGUGUUCCGGCUCGCGCAGGUACCUGUGGCAGGCGCGAGAGUGGGUGACUGCGGCACGCGGGCACGUUGGUGAUCUAGACAAUGAAAGCGUCCAGUAUUGGUUCCAUCAGCAGAAGGACGCGCUCAAGAACUUUGAGCCAUCUCUUGGCAACGGCGACAGGAAGCCUCGCCCUACAUACGCGUGGUGGUAUCUCAUGGUAGCAUAUACCUCGCUCCAGCUUUCCGCACAGUACGCGUUCGUUGCGGCUGAGGCGGAGGGCGUGCUCAACCGCGUCCUCACAUCGCUAGACAACAUCGUGGCGUCCUCAGGCUGUAACAACCUCAAGACCCUUUGCAAUGCCGUCCGCGAACGCAACAAUGCCCUCAAGACGCUCCGCGCGCCAUAAGCGUCCCAACAAUUGUCCAUAGCCAAGAGUGAUGCAUCAGACCCGGUCAUCGGCCCGGCUUGGCCGCGGCCAACUCCGGCCAAGUUUGCAAUACGGAAAUCAGGCGGAUUAGCCGGGACAGCCGGUAUAAGAUGACGCUGGGCCCACUGU